AUGAAAUACGAAGGCCAGUCCAGUGAUUCGCAACACGAUCACCAUCGAUAUUCUGCAGAUAUCAACAACCCUCAACCCAGCGAUUCUGAAGGUACUACAGACCCAGAAACCCGGAACGGUCCAGGACAAUACAAUAGUCGUUCUGGAAGUGGCAGCAUCCCCACAGACGGGAGUCUUGAAAGGCGUGACGCUACAAGUGCCCAAGUUCGUCAAACCUUAACUCGACAGCUCCAGUAUACACACCAUUCAUCAUCGUCAUCAUCAUCAUCAUCCAGCCGAUUUACCAACUCACAGCCCGCGGAACAGAAUUCCUCCACGCGUCCAACGUCUGCAGGCAGUCAAGUCACAGAUGAUACAGCACUCGAGUCAUUGCCCGUCAUUCCUAGAGGUAGCCGUGUUCAGAUCUUGGACACAAAACCGAUCGCUAACUACAGGACGGCCAACAAUCGAGAAAAAGAGCAGCUGCCGAACAUCCUCAAUACGGUACCGAAGGUGAUCAAGAAGUUGAACGAACUGCGAAGAAAUUCAAACCGAGUUGAGGAAAUUGACACGGCCAUUAUGAGCUCGGAGGGUGAAGAGCAUCCGUUGGCGAACCUUGAGGAGUCCCCGAUCUCAUUUUCACUCGAAAAUUACCCUCUGCUCCUAAAUAUCACCCGCCCUCGCCACUAUCUCCCCAAAAGACCCAUCCUCGUUAAUGACAUUAGCCAACCGUUCUCUCAAAAGGAGGAAGAACUCUUUCUUGUUGAUUGCUCUGACGAGCUACUGGAAAAAAUAAACAAAACAUCAUCCCAAAAGUGCAGUUCAGGCCUCAACGCAGAUAUUCUACCUUGGCCCAAAAUUCCCGCAAAUGUUCUACCCAGGCCCAAUGUGUAUAACCCUUCAAACAGAUACCAGGUAAUGUUCAAUUCAUGGGAAUUCAAAUUUAAUGAAAAGGGGAGUGAUGGUGAUCAAGCAGAACUGUCUCUUUCUCCCACGAACACGAGUAUGCUCCUCACUGGACCGAUUGAAGAAGCCGCUGUAGAUUUGAACGAUCAUCGAUCUAGCGGAGAUGAUAGGCACCUUUUUCAUCCUCAAGACACAACCCCAGAAGUCAAUAGUACAACGGAAGACCUACCCAGAACAUUGCACCAACCAGAGGAAGUCAAAAGUAGCAAGACUCAAGGAAUGAACACAUCGCUGGUCAAUUUGGCCCAACAUGCCAUCCAUGCAUGUGAAAAUACCAAAUCUUCAAAGAGUAAUGGAGACCCGGACGAUCUAUGCAUAGUCAAAUUUCACACACCAGGAUUCUCUUUGACGUCAUUGAACGUUCUCGAUAUGAUUAAGAUUUGCUAUCCCGAGACAGCUUCGCAAGAGAAACCUGCAGUCAUUCGGCAGCAAUGUAACGACACCAUUCAUAUUCUUUGGGAGUAUAAAGUUCCUAUCGAUCGACUCAUUACGAAAUUCCAUAGCCUCUGGGUAUACUACAAAUUUACGGAUUUAAGCGAUUUUUUACAAUGGGAGCAAGGAGUCGCUUGUUCUCGACAAUUCAGCGUGGAGCUUUAG